AUGAAGUGGACGGCAAAGCAUGAUGUCGAACUGUGCAAAGAAGUUGUUGUGUCAAGACAUUUUGAAACAAGAAAAAAAUCUCUUGAAAGAGGAAAGGUGUGGGAAGCCGUUGCUAAGAAGUUAGAGCAACAUGACCACCUUUGCUUUCGUGUUGACCAGCGUGCAGUAGGAGACAGAGUGCGAAAAUUGCUUGCAAACUAUUGCAAGAAAGAAAGAGAAGAAAUAAAUGCAAGUGGCAUUCCUCCAGAAGCAACUGAGCUGGAUGAUUUACUUGAAGAAAUUUAUGCUAGAGAAAAAGCUAGUGAUGUUGUUGCUGCUGAGGCUACAGCUGCAGAAAGAAGAAAAAAUAAUGCAGACAAAGAAGCAGCAGAGGAGAUAAGGAGAAGGGCUAUGGAAAACCUAUCCGAAACCAGGAAGCGAAAGGAAAGCAAGCAACGUGGUGCUAGAAAAAAAGUUAGGAAAGGAGGAGAUUCUACUUUAGAGUUUCUAAGAGAAAAGGGGGAGAAAGAAAGAAAAUUAAGAGAGGAAAGCUUAAAAUUGGAAAGAGAGAAAAUAGAAAUGCAAAGGCUGCAAAUACAGAAUGAGAAAGAAAGUCAACAGCAAUUCAUGGAGAAACAAAAUCAGUUGCUGCAAAACAUGAUUGAAUUGCAAAGGCAACAAAACCAGCAAAUUCAAGCAAAUCAAAUGUUACUGGUUCAACAACAGCAACAACUAUCACAAGCCCUAGUAGCUCUUUUAUCAAAAAUUGCUGACAAAUAAACUAAUCAUGUUUUUUUUAACAAAAAUU